AAAUCACUGCCAUUUGUUGGUGUAUGCUGUAUAGUUACUUUGUAGCGUUGUUUUAAAAUAUUACUUAUAAUGACACAAUGAAAUAUACUUCUAUUUUAUGAUAUUGAACUGUUUCUAUAUUAAGAUUUAAAAAUGCCACCCACGGUUCAAACAAAUGAGCCUGAAAGGGAAAAGCGACCUCAGCGCACAGGCGAGAGAAGGUCGGAACUCGUUACUCGUAUCAAGUAUUGUAAUACACUUCCCGAUAUACCAUUCGAUCUUAAAUUUAUUACAUAUCCAUUUCCUUCAACACGAUUUAUUCAAUACAAUCCCACGUCAUUAGAGAAGAACUAUCGCUAUGAAGUAUUAACGGAGCACGAUUUGGGUGUCCAUAUAGAUUUGAUUAAUCGUGAUAUAUAUCAAGGGGAUGGUAACGCGGCGCUAGAUCCGGCGGAUGAGAAACUUCUGGAAGAUGAUGUGUUAACACCGCAGGAUUCUAAACGAUCUCGACAUCAUGCUAAGAAUGUGUCGUGGUUGCGUCGGUCUGAAUAUAUCUCCACAGAACAGACUAGAUUUCAGCCUCAAUCUAUGGAGAAGGUGGAGGCUAAGGUUGGUUACAAUGUUAAGAAAAUAUUCAGCGAGGAAACACUGUACAUGGACAGAGAGAGUCAGAUCAAAGCUAUUGAAAAGACAUUUGAAGACAAUAAGAAGCCUAUUGAGAAGCACUACAGCAAACCUGGUGUAACUCCAGUGGAGGUUAUGCCUAUAUUCCCAGACUUUGAUAUGUGGAAGUAUCCUUGCGCCCAGGUUAUAUUUGAUUCAGAUCCAGCACCAGCUGAUAAGAAUAUUGCUGGACAGAUUGAAGCAAUGUCACAGGCUAUGAUUCGAGGUGUGAUGGACGAAAGUGGAGAACAGUUUGUAGCAUACUGCCUUCCGACUGAAGAUACAAUACAGAAACGUCGACGCGACAUCACUGAAGGCAUCCCAUAUAUGGACGGAGAUACAUAUGAAUAUAAAAUGGCUAGAGAAUACAACUGGAAUGUUAAAAGCAAAGCCUCUAAGGGUUAUGAAGAGAAUUACUUCCUGGUGGUCCGCAAUCACUGCAUAUACUAUAACGAGCUGGAGACGCGUGUACGUCUGUCCAAACGUCGCGCGCGAGCCGGUGCGGCUGCGCAAGCGCUCACCAGGCUAGUGGUCACGCAUCGACCGUUGAGUGCUGCGGAGCAUCGUAUGCUACGGCUCAGGGAGAAACAGUUGGAGCCUCCGCAGGAGGAGGAUGAAGAAGAAGAAGAGGAGGAUGAAGACGAAGAGGAGGAGAAACAAGAACAGAAUGGAGAUAAGGAGCGAUCGCGGUCACGUUCGAAAUCCGCUUCGAAAUCACCUCAAGGUUCAGAGAAGUCAAACAGGUCGAGGUCUGGGUCUCGCGAGAGAUCCAAGUCUAGGUCCAGGUCAAAGUCGAAGUCUAAAUCUCGAAGUCGAUCGAGGUCUGCGUCUGGCUCGCGUAAAUCUAGAUCUCGUUCUGUUCAGUCUGGAUCUCCUAGGUCGGCGGCGUCGGGUCGGUCCCGCUCCGGUUCGCGUUCGUCUCGCGCCUCUUCGCGUUCGUCCCGCAGUGGGAAGGGGUCAAGGGCCAGCUCGAAGGCCAGCGACAAGGGUUCGAAGGCGUCGUCGAAGGCCAGUUCGCGCGCGUCGUCCCGCGCGUCCAGCAAGGCGUCCGGCUCGAAGCGCUCCUCGCGAGCGAGCUCCAGGAGGAACUCCACCGCCUCCGAACGUUCGAGAAGCCGGUCGGCGAGCGGCUCCCGACAAGGAUCUCGAAGUGGUUCAGCAUCAAGUGCCUCAUCACGACACAGUGGCUCCGAUUGAGUUUCAUAAUUUAUAUACGUUAUCUAGUAAUAAAUUAAAUGACGACAUUCAU